GCGGGAUGCCCCGAGCGGGCGUAUUUUGGAAACAAUACCGCGCGGUGCAGAGUGGCCUCCACCCGAGCUUGCCCGCCUCCUGCAGCCGCCGCCCCUGUCUGCGCCUCCCGCCGCCCGCUGCUGCCCGUUUGGGCGCCAAGCCCCCGAGUGCUCGUCACGCUGGACCCUGGCACGGAACCCUGGCAUCACGACUCGGAGGCCGAGAUUCUCCCCUGGAGUCACCCAGGGCAAGAGACUGGAAGACAGAAUUCCCAGGGGACCUCUAAUUGACUCUGGCAGUGACAAACACCAUCUCUCCGUAUCCUUAACCAUUCAGGUGGUUGCUUUUCUGACUGCCCCAGGGACGCUGAGGGGUUCCUGGUGUGUGUAGGGGACUGACUGUGAGCGCAAGAAGCUGGGUGACUGCAAGCUCAUACUUCCAAGAGCCAUCAAGUGGCGCAAGUGGAACUUCUUUAUUACCAAGAAACUCAUAUCAACAACCUGAGUUCAGGCCACAAGUGAAGUCACAGAGAGAGGGCUGAAUUUCACUUCCUUCUAUGAGGCAGGUUGUACGCAUCUCAGGUUCGGCGCUGGCAGGAAUGGACACACUCUUACCACAUCGUUGAGCCUGUUUGUUGUGUUGAGCAAGCAGCGGGUGGAGACUAGAGUCUUGGGCGGGGCUUAGCAGGUUUGGAGGGAACCUGGCCGGGCUGGGAUUGCUGGCUAUUGUUUUUGCUGCCCAGCCUGGAGCUCUGCUCAGACUGAGAUGAGAACUUGAUGGUUACUCCUCAGGCCAGCAAGGGGGUGUGUGUGUGGUGAGCACUGUGGGUACAGCCAGUCACAGCACCCUCUGCCCUCCCACAGCCACUCACAGAGGCUAGUCUUGUUGACAUUUCUCCAGGUACCCUCAGUGCUUGUAGCAGCUGACCGUACCCCUGCUAUGGCUGAGAGUCAGUAGCAGUCCAACUGUGCCUGGGUCAGAAGGAGGCUGAGGGGAAGGUGGCUCCAAGUGGGUGCAGGGAAGAGACAUGGAGGAUCCUGGAACUGCGAGGCAGCCCACAUUUGGGGGCGGGUUGUCACCCUUGGCAAUGCUUUAUCUGUAGAGUUGACUGUCAUCAGUGCCUGAGCCCACUUCUCCACAUAAGAAGGGGGAGCAGGAAAGAAGGAAAGGGAGGGAAGUCCUUCCAGGUAGAGCCUGGGUGGGGGCAGCCUCCCGGAUGCCUGCAUUGCACCCUCACAGGGGAGAUGGAGCCACCCCAGUGUGUGGAGGAGCUGGAGGAUGACGUAUUCCAGCCAGAGGAUGGGGAGCCGGGGACCCAGCCCAGGAGCUUGCUCUCUGCUGACCUGUUUGCCCAGAGCCAGCUGGACUGCCCCCUCAGCCGUCUGCAGCUCUUCCCUCUCACGCACUGCUGUGGCCCUGGGCUUCGACCCACCAGCCAGGAAGACAAGGCCACCCAGACUCUCAGCCCAGCUUCCCCGAGCCAGGGUGUCAUGCUGCCUUGUGGGGUGACUGAGGAGCCCCAGCGACUCUUUUAUGGCAAUGCUGGCUACCGGCUCCCCCUUCCUGCCAGCUUCCCUGCAGGCUUGCCCCUUGGUGAGCAACCCCCUGAAGGGCAGUGGCAACAUCGAGCAGAGAUACAGAUUGCCCGAAAACUCCAGUGCAUUGCAGACCAGUUCCAUCGGCUUCAUAUGCAGCAACACCAGCAGAACCGAAAUCGCGUGUGGUGGCAGAUCCUCCUCUUCCUACACAACGUUGCUUUGAAUGGAGAUGAGAACAGGAAUGGGGCAGGUCCCAGGUGAGGCUGGGCUGCCCCCUUUGCAUGGGCACCAUGGAAGGACAUCGGCGAGGACUGAUACUGCGUCUUGUGAAGUUAUUGUUUUGCGUUUUUAUUUUUAAAAUUUCUCUGUGUACAUAAGACAUACCCAAGCAGGACCUCUUUCCCCGUUCAGGGCCUCAACCAGGAGUGGGGGCCUUCGUCAAACACUGUUGAAAUAGAGGCUGGUGUGUCUGUGACGUGGAACCUCCUAAGGGCUUGGACAAGUAGAUCCUUCUGUCAUCGGUUGUUGAAGACGACCAGGUAGUGAUCUCCCAUGAGUGGACUGUAGUUUUCCCACAGGAACUUAAGAGAUAGGAGCCUGGAUUAGCCUUGUGGUUCCACCAAACCUGUCAGCCUUUCAGCCUUCCACCGUGAAUGGAGCCCCUAUCCGACGGGUCACACUGCUUUAACCACCCCCCUGCCCCCCACAGGGCCUCAGCCAGGGGCUUUCCAGCUGUGCAUGGCAACUUCACUAGGUCGGUCAGCCAGCUCCAUGUCUGGGCUCUCACUGGACCCAGCCAUCGCCCGCCCCAAGGGCUCAGGGAUUCUUACCCAGCCCCUGUCAUCUCCAGCAGACCUCAGGGAGGGUUGGGUUUCUCCAUGGACCCUCAAAAAGUACCGCAAAAAUGAACCAAACUUCUGGGUAGGCCUCACGUCUGCCUUGGUCCCACUUGGAAGCCCAGGAUUGGUCCUGAGGUGCAGAACCACUGCCCACUCUGGCUGCCCAGGACUGGCUGGAUGUCAACCAUGGAGGAGCCAAAUAGCCAGUCAAUGUGCUGUAGCCAGCAGCUGGUGCCUUUGUCGGGUCUUCUUUUGAAAGAGCCAGCCAACAGACUGCGUCCCACCCCCAACAGCAGCACUCUAGGGCCGGAAGAGACAGGACCGGACUGUGGAGGUGCUGGGAGACCAGGCGGCCAUCCCACCCAUGAGUAAGCCCUAGGGGAACCCAGACCCCUUGGUUUCCUUGGAAACCAGUUACCUCCUCCCUUUUAUCCCCAUUCCUUUCUCACACCUAGUGGGAUCCAGGAAGAAGCCAGCAUAGUGGCUUUGUCAGCUGAAAUCUGUCUUUUAGAGUAAUAGACCGUGAUCAGAGUGAGGAACUGUCAAAGCUGGGUGCACAUUUCCCGUCUUCCUUCAGCUUCCAGCCAGGCCAGAAAGGCAAGCUCUGGAACUCAGCAGGAUCACCACUGCCUCUGAACUCCUUCUUUUCUCUCCCUGCUGUGGCACUAAUGGAGAGAAUUUAAAGCAGCCUGCCUGGCAGCUCUGAGAACAGACACAGGGAAUCUGAAAAGAUGCAGGGAAUCUGUUAACUAGACACCUAGAAAUUAAAUUAUCAUUUUUUCAUAUGUGAGCAAAGUUAACAUUGGUGCUAACGGUGAAGCAAGGCCCGAAGAAAAGAUGGCUUCCCUGGGCAGAGAAGGCCCCAGGGCUACCCAAGGAAACUGGAAGAGUCCAGAGCAGACUCUCAUAUCUGAACGAGUCCCAGCUCCUCUGAUUGUGCAGAGAGGAGGUCUUCAUUACCGUUGAAGGACACACUGAUCUGGAUGUACGGUCAGGCAGGUUGUUCACUGCACAAGGGCACCGGCAGAGGAAGGUGAUGGAAGCUAGAAUCUAGCCCAUGCUCUGCUCACUAAGUUGUAUGCCCUAGUGUCGGGCUGUGUCCACUUACAGGAAGGAUGCCUUUCCUAAUUUGCACAAAGGUGCCCUAUGAGCUCACAGUGGCUCGAAGAAGGACUUCAAUCUGUGCAUCAACCUUGGUUUUGUUCAGCUUGGGUAUUCUAGAGGUAUUACCUACCUAUUCUUGGCCAGAAUUGUAUUCUCAGGGUGUGUACCAUGGUUUGUCUGCUAAGAAGAUAGGUUUCUUCUUAAAAGAAGGAACCCAGGGAACAGGCAUGGAGACUGGUGCUGGGAUAGGCUGACCAUUGUGAAAUCCAGCCUUCUCUGUGGGUCUUCACACCAUUUUUUUGAUGUGUAUGGGACAUGUGUUAUUUUUCCCUCUCCUGGACCAAGGCUGUGACUGGCAGGGUGCUGGUAUACGUUGAGUGGCACACAUAAGAAAACAGGAUUAUUUUUACCAGCCACUUUUACCUCCUCUUAGCAGACUUUCCAUGUGAGCUGAGUGAGAGCGCAAAUAAAUGGUCCAGGCCUUGGUGCCUAGGCAAAGCCAUUGGCCUCAAGAGACCUUGCUGGGCUGAGCAGGAUGUCCAGUGGCCUGUCCUGAGAACUGAGCCCACAGUCUGAGAAGCUCAGUUGAACACUGCACCUGGGGCUGGGUAGAGGGUGGUCUGACUGCACUGUCUCCAUAUUCCAUGAAGCCAGGAACUAAUUCACUAUCCUAAGCAAGCCAGAACCAAAUGUGAAACGCCCCUCCUUGUCUUCCCGCCAGAACCCAGCAGGUAGAAUAGGCUGUUUUUAAUUGGUGUAGUGAUCUAGACUGGCCUCUUCCCCCUCUGCCUGGUGACUUGGUCUGAACAUUCCUCAAGUUCAACCUCAGGAGACCCGUCCCUGCCCCUAGGCUCCCUCUCCCCAGCCCCCACCCCCAGGAGCUUGGCUGUCUCCAGUGAAGGGGUGGAGAAUCAGUUAGCGGGAGGGAGAGUCUGACCUGGCUCCUGACCUGUAACGGACAGAAGACUUGUGGAGCUUCUGUGGUUUGCUGAGGGUGGGGUUCGGGAGAGGGACUGGAAACUCUUCCCUGGUAGGAAUUGCCCUGGAGGGAAGGGAAGCCUGAUGUUCAGGGUCAAAACAACUCUCCUCAUGAAGAACCCCAGAGUAGGGGCUUCUGGAAGGUGGUAGAACUAGGGAGGGAACCCCCUCAGGCCAGCUGUCUGACUCACUCAGACAGUUCCUAGACUCAGCUGGGCCUCUAUGUUUGCCUGCUUCAAAGCCUGGGCUGAUGGAAGGCUGCCCCUGGGGCCUUUUCUUGUUUAGUCCAAGGAUCACCUUCCUCAAGCUCCCAGGGCAGGGGGCUUAUGUGACAGGCAUGUCCUGAAUGCUCAGAGGGGCCCAGCUGACUUGUCUCUCUGUCCCCAGUAGCCCAGCCUCAUCCAAGGAUGGGUUGGACAUGGCAAGGAGGGACAUGGUCCAGCCAGGGCCUCCUCCACUUGGGGGCUGGGGAGCCACUGUGAUUGCCCUGGUUAGCAUGCAGAGAGUUCUGAUGAAGUGGGGUGGGGCAAGUGAGGGAUAGCAGAAGCAGGCACAUUGGCUCUGUGGGGGCUUCUGCACAUUGGUGCUGCAGGGUCCCUCCGUGUGUGGGUGGGGACAACAUGGUGAGAGACAACUCAGGCUGACUCCUUAACUCAUUAGCCUGUGAAGCCUCCUGGGGACACUGAACAGUGGGUGUCCAAGGCUGGUGGGCACUUUGAGCCUUGAGGGAACAGCAGAGCAAGCCAUGCGCUUCACAGAUGUAUCAGCCUCUCGGGCUGAAGGUGCUGAAGGCUGCAGGCUCCUAGUCUGCGCUGCCCUUCUCUCUGCUCAGCAGACCAGCACCUCUCCCUGCUCUGUGAGCAUCGCCCAGCAGGUUGCUCCAUCCCUGGGUCCACAAGGUCUGUGGGGGGAGACCUAGUGAGAAUGUAGUAUUUUGUCCCUCCCAGGUUAGCUGUCCUGGGUUCACUGUGCUCUGCCUCUGGGAGAGAGACAACAGAAGAGAGGGAGGGGAUGGGAACUCAUUGUUUCUAAACCUGUACUGAAUAUUUGGCUUUGUGUUCUUCACAUGCAUAUAUGUGUAUAUAUCUUUAUCCUCAUCAAUUGGUACAGUUUUUAAUAAAACCAUUUAAAGCAAA